AUGGUCCAGAAUUAUGUCGGUGUCAGUCGCGGAGCUCAGAUCACCGGCGUUGCCGUGUGCUCCUUGAUGUUAACAUGGCUUUCCUUUGGCUUUCGACUCUACGUGCGAUGCGGUAUAUUGAAGUUUUUGGGUAGAGAAGAUUGGAUCACGGUGGCAGCGAUGAUCAUUUUCUCCAUAUUCUGUGCCUUGUGUCUCCAAUUAAGUUCCUAUGGUCUGGGAGCACAUAUGGAGAACAUUGCCGGAUCCGCCUUUGUUCCCGGUUUCAAGAUUGUUUUUGUAUGCGAACUCCUCUACGUCGUUUCGACCACCGUCACCAAGCUGUCCAUCGCGGCAUACUUUCUUCGACUCUCAAGUAAAAGAUAUCAACGUGUCACUAUAUACCUUACCACAGCAGUCGUGUUAAUCCUCAGUACCAUGUACUUUUUCUUUCUUAUCUUUCAGUGCAACCCUCCGCCAGCAUUCUGGAACAGGUAUUCCCCGGACGGAGGACGCGCCUACGAUGCAUAUUGCCUGACGGGGGACACAUUGGCGGGCAUCACAUUCGCUCAUUGUGCCAUGUCAGCUAUCACAGAUUGGAUUUUCGGAAUACUCCCUAUCUUUUUCGUCUGGAAGAUGCAGAUGAAUCCUCGAACAAAGUGGUCUGUAGUAUUAAUAUUGUCUCUUGGAUUCUUCGCCAGUACUGCAACAAUCGUUCGUAUCGCCUACAUCCAGAAACUUCGAGAGACCUACGACUACUCAUGGGAAGGCAUCAACCUGGCCAAAUGGUCCAUGAUCGAGCCAGCUAUUGCUAUUACGGCUAUGAACAUCGCCACUCUCCGACCAAUGUUCAAGAAUGUCUUGAACUUUGCCAGCAAACGGUUCGACAGCGCGGCCGAUAUCGAGGAGGCGAAGAGACCUUCAGGUGAAAGCCGUACGGCGACCAUCCGCACACGAAAUAGUGUUAGUGCCAAGGAAUACAGCGUUGAGUUUGCCGAAUUGCUAGGCUUGGCAAGAGUUGGGGUUACGACCCAUAUUUCUGCUGGAGGAGGAAAUCAGCCAGAGAAGGAUUCAUUAAGGAAGAGGUUUACAUUGAGGAAGUCUCUUACCAAGAGCUCGCAGAAGAAUGAGAGUCAGACGGAAUUGAAUUCUGUGCCAAGUCCGUUGUCGUUUUCGGAUGGAAUCGAUUGGACGGGUGGGAUCAAAGCUACGACUGUUGUUACUCAUGAUGUUUCUUGA